AUUUGGUAUUCUAAAUUCUGAAGUUCUGAAUCUGAUUCUGACGGUGACGGAUAUUCGGAAACACUUAGGAACCACCUUGCAUUAAUUUGUCUGUGUCUGUGUACUUGUAUUGUGUACUGUUGUCGAAAAGUAUUACCAUUGCGCUACGAUUACGAGUUUACGAAUACUUGACGAAACGAGUUCAAUUGGUAUCGGUCACAAAUACCAGUUAAGUGGGUUAUCCAGAUUUAGUUCGCAGUAAUAACAUAAUAAUAGUAUUGUGUGUUAUUGUCGACAAAAAGCAAUGAUUGUGGUGUUAAUGUUUUAACAAAUAUGUUCUAAAUAAUAAUUUCUAUACUACAUCUUGUGUAAACGGCUACAACGUUCAAUAUAAUACAGUAGAACAACUACAGAACUAACCAUGGAAGACGACAGUGAUGAUAAAGAUGAUUCAAAAAGAUGCAAUUUGUAUAACAGGAGAACCCGCAACUUGAGCGAGAAGAAACGUCGAGAUACCUUCAAUAUGCUUGUAAAUGAGUUAUCCUCAAUGGUUACCACUAGUAAUAGGAAAAUGGACAAAUCUACAGUACUAAAGUCAACCAUAUCUUUUCUAAAGAACCAUAAUGAAGUGACUGUUAGGUCUAGGGUUCACGAUGUCCAAGAAGAUUGGAAACCCGCUUUUCUUUCCAAUGAAGAAUUUACAUACUUAGUGCUUGAGGCCUUGGAAGGUUUUGUCAUGGUUUUCUCAGCAACCGGGCAAAUCUAUUAUGUUUCCGAAAGCAUAGCUUCCUUGUUGGGACAUAAUCCGGCCGACUUGAUAAAUAAAAGCAUUUUUGAUUUGGCAUAUGAAGAUGAUCGACCAAAUUUAUACAGUCUUCUUCAGAAUCCAGGCGCUGCCAUUGAUCCUACUCAACCUUUUGUGAGAGAGAACGAGAUCAGAUUCCAAUGUCACUUACGUCGUAGUACAUUGGAUUUUAGAGAUGAUGCAAGCUACGAACUUAUUGAAUUCAAUGGACAUUUCCGUACUAAUAUGGAGCAUAACGAAGCUGACGAAAUGUCUGGAUAUCAACAAGAACACGAGUCAAGAUUGCUGUUUGUGUGUACCGGCCGGCUGUACACUCCGCAAUUAAUUCGUGACGUUUCUCUUGUUGAUACAAAUCGUAAUGAGUUUACCUCACGGCAUAGUUUAGAGUGGAAGUUUCUCUUUUUGGACCAUCGCGCUCCGCCUAUUAUCGGAUACUUACCGUUUGAAGUGUUGGGCACCUCCGGCUACGACUACUACCAUUUUGACGAUCUUGAAAAGGUCGUAACUUGCCACGAAGCAUUGAUGCAAAAGGGCGAGCUGACAUCGUGCUACUAUCGGUUCCUGACCAAGGGCCAGCAGUGGAUCUGGUUACAGACUCGUUUCUACAUAACAUACCACCAGUGGAACUCGAAACCAGAGUUCGUCGUUUGCACACAUCGGGUGGUCAGUUACGCCGACGUUGUGAAGAGCACAAAACAAGAACAAACAGAAAUGGAAGGCGCAAGUGAGAUGGAUGCCAACCAAUGUGGCAAAGAGGCGGCGCACGAGACUGGAAUGGUGCCCUUAUCAUCUCCUACUUACAUGUCAGAUGCUGGAGAUACUUACGGUAGCUCCUAUCAAACUAUUUCACAGCCAGAUUCUGUGAAGUCGGCGUCGGGUAGUACUAGCGGUACAGUGACGACCGUUUGCACUGCGGGUACAACCGCGUCAUGGCCGCACGGUAACCCUAGGUACAUGGGUUCCGACAACGGAUCACUGUCCGGGGAAUCACGAUCCUCGCAUCGGAAUACUAGAGAGCCGAAGCCCUUGGCACAGAAGCAAAACGAUUACGGGCCUUGUCAUGGUAACAUGAUGAUGUUCUCGCAGACGCACAAGGUUUUGGAGCCCACGCUGGUACCGCAGUACGGUAUAGGCGCGCAGUAUUUGGAGCCUGCGCCCUACGUAGGCGCAGUAGGAGUCCCCGGAGUACUGCCCGUGUCAUUGCCACCCCUACCAGUUAUCGUGUCACCUGACCAAACGCAAAUGCAGACACAAAGUGCUCCACAAAUGUGGAAUUACUGGGAUUAUAACUAAAAUAACAAAACCACUUACACCCAUUGAAUCUGAUUCUAUUUGGCACGGUCAGGACACAUGUAUCUCGCUUCCUCAACAGCUAUACUACACAUGCAUGCUGUGUGUAACCGUAGAUUUUUACUGCGAAAACAUUAUACAUUUAAAAUAAGUGAUUAGGAAUAACAUCUUAUAUCGGCGUAUUGACAGUCGAAAACUACGGUUGUUUUUACUUAAGAAAACUUUUUUUUCGACCUUACUCUUCCAUGUACUAUCUGGGAAUCUGGCGGUAUUCCACCUUAAAAGCGAUAGUCGUUUAGCGACGUCGUGGAAACAAUAACCAAUAGAAGGCAGCUUUUAAAUGGAUCUUUAAGACUUCUUUUAAUUACUUUUUACUGCUAUGACAUCGUUUGAGCAACUUACUGGUACACAAUUGGUUAUUUUUUAAAAAGGGGCUGAGUUUAUCUCUUUUCGAGUAAUAAGGCAAUUUUUCUAUAAGUGGAACACCGCAAAGGGUCCUGACAGUACUAUAUUUAAUAUAUUGACCUCGAUGUGCCUUUAUUUUAUUGAUUUCAUGUACUUUUAAAUCGUAAAGCAUCGAUGUUGCCUAUAUGUUAUUUUAAAGAAUAAACAGUGGCUUUUAAUUAUUUUAUGGAUUGAUGUGUAUAAAACUAUUUACUGCUAUAAAUAAUUUUGUUUACUGGCUUAAAAUAAUGCUUCCUGAAAGUUUAAUAACAGUGUAUUUUAACCCAGAAAUACUUUGUAAUAAAGACCAAUAAUACCGAAUAGAAAAACCAUAUUGUUCCUUCAUAUUCGGGAUUUGUCACAAUAGUUAAGUUUAAUUAUUGUCACGAGGACUACAUAUUUAACCGACUUCAAAAAAGAGGAGCUUUUCAAUUUAUCUGUUU